UUUUUUUCCCCGUGUUUUCUGAGCGUAAACAUGUUAUCUACCCUUAGGUCUAUAUAUCUUCCUCAAUGAUAUGCGGUAGGAAGCGUAGAUUUCGUCAUUUUUUUAAAUACAUAGAGUACAGAUCUAGUGCCGGAUAUACCACAGGACUUGAAGGGCACUAACUUUCUUGAUAACAUAGAAUUAAAGUGUUUUAACAUAAACGAAUUUUUCUCUAUCGUCGAUCACUCCGUUAUUCAUUUCAUAUUGUAUGCAUAAAAAGGCACUGUCUUCGGUUGUGUAUAUACUUUUUGGAACAUUAUAAAAGACUUACUAUAAACCAAGAGACAGACGAAGAACUAGUUGAAGAAGUGUUUGCGUUGGAGUUUUCCAAGAGAUUGGAAUCGAAUACAAGUAGCCAGGACAGAGUGGGACAUUGUCACGUCUGUGGACUACUUCCCAACCACAAUGACAGACAACAAAGGUUUUUCUGGGGAGGAAAAAAUUCCGAAAUUUGAUUUGGUAACAGUAACUACUCAGAAUUCAACACCGCAGGAGAAGUCACGUGACGGGGAGAUGAAAGACGGCAAGCCGUCUAUGACUGUGAAGGUCAUCUUGAAGAAUGUCUUCGUGGUAAGUUUGGCCUUCACCUUCCUCUUCACGGCCUUCAACUCCAUGGCCAACCUCCAGACAAGUCUCAACAAGGAAGAUGGGGUUGGUGCUUGGAGUAUGUCCACCAUCUAUGUCAGCCUGAUCGUGUCCUGCAUGUUUCUCCCAAACUUCAUCAUCUCCAGACUGGGCUGCAAGUGGACAAUCCCAAUCUCAAUGAUUGGUUACAUUCUCUUCAUGGGAGCCAACUUUUAUGCCGUUAAAGGGACCAUGAUACCCGCAUCAAUUAUACUAGGCAUGGGUGCCGCACCUCUCUGGUCUGCCAAAUGUACUUACCUGACUCAGAUAGGUGUUUGGUAUUCUAAACUGACCAAUCAGGAUCAAGAUGGGGUGAUCAAUACGUUCUUUGGUUUCUUCUUUUUAUUUUUCCAAACAUCUCAGAUCUGGGGCAACCUAAUCUCGUCACUAGUAUUCACCCCAGAUCAAAACAAGACAGACUCUGGGCAAUGUGGGGCAGCUUUCUGUCCUAGUGAUGCCAAGGGCAAUGGUUCUGACAAUUUCUCCCAGACAAGUGAUAAGGUGUACACAGUGUGUGGUAUCUACAUUGCCUCGGCGGUCAUAGCCGUCAUCAUAGCCUCACUGUUCCUGGAUCAGAUAACGCUGGACAAGGAGACCAAGGCGGAGGACAGGAAGCUGAGCCCCCAGCUCCUGGUGUCGACUUUCCGCCAUUUGUUCUCCUCUCCUAUUCAGGUCAUGCUGAUACCUUUGACUAUUUACAGCGGCGUGGAGCAGGCGUUCAUUGGUGGGGACUUUACCAAGGCCUUUAUCAGCUGCUCUCUCGGUAUUUGGAACCUUGGCUACGUCAUGAUAUGUUACGGUGUUGCUGAUGCAUUGUGCUCCUUUUUAUUUGGGAAACUUGUGACGUACAUUGGUCAUAUCCCAUUCUUCGUUUUAGCCUUCGGGACACACGGCGGCUUGCAAAUAGCUUUUCUCAAGUGGUCUCCACAGUCUGAUCAAGAGAUCAUCUUCUACGUCUGCGCUGCAUUGUGGGGAAUGGGAGAUGCAGUCAUACAGACGCAGGUCAAUGCUCUGUACGGUCACCUCUUCUCGGACAAGGCCGAGGCGGCCUUCGCCAACUACCGGUUGUGGGAGUCGUUAGGCUUUGCCGUGACCUUCGCCUACAAUGACUACCUCUGCACGGACACUAAACUGUACGUCUGCUUGGGUGUCCUUGGCACUGCUGUCAUUUGUUACACCAUCGUAGAGGUCAUGGCCUGGAGGAAGAAAAAGUACAGCGCCGACAUAACGAACUAAUUUAUAUUUUUGUUUUCUGCUCUCAUUGUUUAUGUAAAUAUCUUGUACAGCAGUAGAAAUUGUGUCCAAAAUAAUGUUGCAUUCUGUUUAUGUGGGGAUGUGGGUGAAGUACUUUUUAGUUUUUAAAAGUGGAGAUUAUGACCUGUAUAUUUAACAUUUUGGAAUGCAUGUUGUUGUUUUUUUAGUUUGAAGAGUAUAAAUGUUUGAGCUUAGAGAGUAAUCAUUUUAAGCAUGGUGAUUUUGGCUGGUUGUGUGGUAUGCGCUCUAGACUGUCGUUCGAUGGUCUUAAUGGUCCCUGGUUCAAACCCUGCCCGCAAUCCCCCGCCGUCCUGCGUGAGGCUUGGACUAGGUUCUAAUGAUCUUUAAGUGUGGAACAUCUGAAACAUGUAAAACAUUUUGCAAAACAAAUAAACAUUCAACAUUUUUAGUUUCGAGAGUAUGCCUCUUUAAGUUAGGAUGAUUGAUUCAUUCCAGAUUGUUUUUAUGUUUUUAAUUAUCAUUAUCUGUCCGUUGACUUUUGUUGUAGGGCAGGGGUUCUCAACCUGUGGGUCGCGACCCAUUCGGGGGGUCGAUUGAGGAUUUGCCAGGGGUCUCUUAAGACCAUCAAAUUAUGGAUUGUUAUUUUCUACUCUUCUGUAUGUGCGUUUGUGUUUGGGGGGGGGGUCGCGGCAGAGUGGGGGAUUGUAAAAAGGGGUCGCCGAGCUUAAAAGGUUGAGAACCGCUGUUGUAGGGGAUGCGGUGACACUAAAUCCCUCGACUUUUCCUGGUCCAUAAAUCUAUAAAUCAACAACGACUAAUUAGCCCUGAAUGCAAUGUAGACCUUUCUCACCAGCGACGCAGACGCCAGCGUUGAAGGUAGGGCUAACAAUGAGAAUGCACUCAGCAUGUAGUUUCUAUUCCAAACGACGGUUUAAUGAAGUACUUGGAAUCAGAAUAGAAGACGCUGCGGGGUAAAUUCUUAAUAGGAAAAAGUUUAACGGUGCAUUCAAGUCAGCGGUUUGUUGCAGGUGGGAAGUCGUUUCUCACAAAAAUUGACUUUCUAUUCUCAACAAAUUGAUAAUUAAGACAGUUUAAAGAAAUGAGAGUUUUGAAAAAUAAACAUUUAAUGUUGAGUGCUUCAAAUAAACAAAAAUAAAUAAGGUCAAGCUAUUUGCCGGACUGUUGUGUAAGUAGUCUGAAGUUACUUGUGAAAAUUCGAUGUACUUUUAGAAAGCUAAUAUCAACUUACUCUGUCCGGUAAAAAGUUUGCACACUUUUUUUCUUCGACACCCAAUCUCAGAUCAAGCUGAAACUUUGCACAAUUAUUUCUUUUACCUGACAACACAAGAAUCAAUUUAGAAAAAUUAACCAAUUAGCUAGUUAAUUAUUGGUAAUUAUUUAUUUUGUUUGGUAUUUCGAACUUGGGGAAAGAAGUGUACUUGAUUGAAGUGGUGGUAUAAGCUGACUUAGUCCCCUUUAUAGGCCACCGCUUUAAAGUAAGUUUGAAACAGACAAUACAUAACUAUACACUCUUCUAUAUUCAUAAGCACCUCACUAGCAGAGUGGUUAGUAUACUGGCUUGAGGCGUGAUCCACGAGUUUAAAUUCAGGUCGCCCCCCCCCCCCACACUUAUUUUUUGUGUGAAUGCUUUUAAAAAACAAUGACGAUAAAAUUCACCCAAAUUUCCCUGUCUUUCUCCCCCCCCCCCCCCCCCCCCCAUUUUCCCAACUGAUCCAGAUAAGUGAUAGGAUCACAGCGUAUUGAGAAAGCUAAAAGCAUACAAUUGCUCUUAACAAAAACAACUGGUAAAAAAAAAAAAAAUUCUGAUCGCACAGAUUUAUUGCUCUGGUCUAGAACUAUUACACAUUUAAUUAUAUGGCUGAUCUAAACUAAUUUUAGACUUCGUGUAAGCAUUUUUUU